GCGCUUGGCAACAGCCGCUGCGCCAUGAUCCACUGGUGCAGCAGCUGCGAGUCAAGAUUGUAACACUGCCCGAGGCACGCUUCUUUCACUACGGCACCACGGAAGACAUGAUCUUUUCGACAGUUGCCAUUCAGAACACGGAGCGUUCCUCGGAAAAAUUCCUGCGGGCAGCGAUGUCUCGGCACCCCGCCGCCGUCUUUCAAAACGCUCGGGUUCACACCACACUCGCGGAGGAUCAGCGAAGUAUUUGGGUUGAGAACAGCGAGGUGUCGGCGGGGUGGUCACUGCAGCAUCACUCCGUCAUUACUGGUGUGCCAAGGAACACGUGGACAUUGCAUGUACCAGCAUAUGUGUGUAUCGACGUUGUGCCGGUUCGCGGUGAGGGCGGUGGUGACAAAAAAGGAUGGGUGGCACGCCCUUACGGCUUUAACGACCCCUUUCGUGGGUACAUUACAGGAGAAAGCACGGAAUUUCUUGGGAUGCCAAUUGAAUGCUGGCUGCGUAAGCAUGAUUUGCGCCUUGAAGCCCUCACCAAUGGGAAUAACGCGAAUAUGUUAGACAUCCAGUGUGCAGCGCUCUUCCCGUGGUGUGCGACGGUGGAGGAUCUUGGCCUUCUCAUUCGUUGGAUGAUUGACCCCACGUCGUGCGACUUGAAGCCUAGUGACGUGAAGCGUGCGAAAGGGCUUUGGGAAAUGGGCGUGCGGUAUUCAGCGAACGAAUUGAAUGAUGUGGCGGAUAUCACAGCACUGCUGGACUCACGCGAGAGUUUUCAGCGGGAGAUACUUCCUAUCAUGGCUGCCCAUGCACACAGGAGCCCUUUUUAUCAGAUGGACUUGAAUCACACGGCGCAGAAGUAUGCCGCUGCACACCUGCCGCUCCCUGGGAAGUUGCCAGCAGAGGGAACUCCCAUCUUGCACCGCAUUCACCAUCAUAUGUUUUGUGCACGUGUAUUGCAGUGUAUACUUAAGCUGUGGGAGAAAUCGUUUCCCUUUCCUGGUGACUCAAACCAGGAAGUGAUGGAGGAGGCCACAAAGGAAGAGGAACGUCGGCAGAAGGAUGAGUUGCCGCCUCUUCUGCAGGGCGUCUCCUUAAGUUUAGAAGAGGUUCAACGUGUGUAUGGGCUUCGAAGCAAGGAGGAACUGGCUGCUCGAGCUCAUGAAGAGGACACGACAGCGUUUCAUCUGCUGCAAACAGCGACGCUGCAACAACUGACCAUUACUCCUUCUCUGCCAUCACCGCAACUCUCUGUGUACGACGACCAGAUUGUGUGGGGUAGAGGACCGGCUCGCAUUGAUCUUUCAGGUGGAUGGACGGAUACCCCACCGUACACAAACCUUUGCGGUGGGAAUGUUGUGAACGUUGCCAUUGAAUUAAAUGGCCAGCCACCACUUCAAGUGUACCUGAAGCCUUCUGCAACGCUUGACAUCACACUUUGCUCCAUUGACCUUGGCUCCGUCGAGAAACUUUCAACAUUUGAGGAGCUGCGGCGUUACAACGUGGUGGGCUCUCCCUUUUCUAUCCCAAAGGCAGCCCUUGCAAUGGCUGGAUUUCUCCCGGAGUUUGGGGCAAAAACGUUUGCCACGCUGCAGGAACAACUCAAGGCUUCUUUUCGCGGUCACGGGGUGGAAAUCACGCUUUUGGUGGCAAUUCCGGCUGGAUCAGGACUCGGCAGCAGUUCACUUCUCGCCGCCACGGUGCUAAGCGCCCUCUCCGACUUCUGUGGUCUUGGGUGGGAUGCACAGGAGGUGGGACGACGCACACUUUGUUUGGAGCAACUUCUCACCACAGGCGGCGGGUGGCAGGAUCAAUACGGUGGGUUGUACCGUGGCUUGAAACUCCUGCAGUCCAGCCCGGGA